AUGGCUGUCAACAAAGAGUAUCUCUGUCAUUAUUAUUAUUAUUGCUUAAUCUUUGUUUUUGUUAUAUUUGGAUCAUGUAGUAGUGCACAACCCCAAUUUCCUCUACUUGCAUCUGAUAUUGAAGCAGCUCAAUUUAUUAUCAAACAAUAUGGGUUCUCUGGAUUAAAUAUUGAUUUAACAUCUUUGUGUAAUUUCACAGAGUAUAUUGGGUGUUCUCAAUCAGCAGGCUCAUUUACUUUUAUUGCAAGAAUUAACAUUACAGUUGAUGUAUUUGUAAAUAUGGGUAUGCCAAAUGCUAGUAUAGAGACAUUGGGAUUUUACAGAAUAGAUUCCUUGUUUGUUAGUGCUGCUGGAAGGGUUGCUGAUCCAAGUAUCAAUAUAUUGACAAGAAUGGCAUAUAUGUCUGUGUAUAGAUCAAUAAGAAUACACAAUGAUCCAUCGAUUACAGAAAUACCAGAGGUAUUUACAGCCAAUACAAAAGCAAUGGUAUUUGGAAUAGACAAUUGCCCGGUAACAGUCAUUCAAGGGUCAUUCUUUGCUGGUUCCAGAUUGAGUAGUAUUUCCAUAAAGAAUACACUAUUGUAUGACUAUUCUUUUGAUAGUGCAAGUCCUUCACUAUGGUUACCGUACCUUUUAGACCUUGAUAUUGACAUUAAUACUGGUGGUCUUGCUUUUGCAGUAAACGUUGAAAUAACAAACACUGUAUUCCCAGCUUUAAUUUCUUUAUCAAUUAAUAAUACUGGAAGUGGACAAAUCAACGUAGAUCAUACAACUCAAAAGCUGAAUCAUAAUGUUACUCUAUCCAAUCGACUUGGUGGAACUCUUGUAUUUAAUACUACUAUACCUGCAAAUAUUUUUUCAAUACAAAUCCAAGGAAUAGUAUCAAUGAUUCAAGGGUAUGACCAAUACACUGGAUUAAAAUAUUUGGUAUAUCGAGCAAGCCCGAUAUCAAAUUAUCCUUUCUUUAGCUAUCCACCGUUAUUAGAAACCCUCUAUUUCGAUCAAUGUGAUUUUACUCGAGUUCCAACAUUAGUACCAAACUAUAAUUUAUUAGCUUUACAUUUUGUCAAUAACAAAAUACAAACUAUAGAUUGGACUACAUUUCAAAAUGCUACAAAUCUUUAUAUAGAUUUGAGAGGAAACAAUUUGAUUUCUGGUACCGUCCCAGAAUUUAUGUGUCGCAAUUUAAUUAAUAUCCGUGGAACCUCUAUUUCAUCGGUUCCAGAUUGUUUUUGGUGUCAUAUGAAUGGACCGUCGGCAUAUCCUCUUGCAACUGAUCUAACACCACCGUCACCUCUAACCUGUAAUGUCGUCAUUGACACCCCCAGUCCUAUUAUUUUGAUAUCAGGUUCAGGAUUGAUUCAAGGUCAACUCAUAGGCUGGGGUAACUACUAUAAUAGUUGUUUUGUUUCACCAGGUAUUCCAAACCAAGAAUUAAAAUUGUAUUAUCCAAGACUUAUUUCAAGUCCAACUUAUACUCUAAAUAUUAGUUUUAGUCUUAAUAUUUAUAGACAACUAACGUUUAUUGAAACUGGUAUAUUUUUAGCAGGGCGGAGUAUUGUGAAAAAUCUAUAUGGUGCUCUACUCUUAUUUAAAUUUAAAAUGUUGUUUGUCAAUACCUAUCUCCAACACAAUGUAUUGAUUAACAGUGUUCCAUGUACAACGGUUGAACUUUUAGUUGUAGACAAGACUUUUAUGUGUAGUCUAAAUUAUUCUAUUCCUUCUGGACCAACCACUCUUACCAUUUCAAAUCAAUACAAUACUGUUGCAAGUGUAUUUAGAUAUAAUUCAAGUUAUCCAUACAUUUCAUCAGCAGGAUUUGAAAAGAAUGAAACAAAGGUAUUAUCAAUUUAUGGAGAGUUUGGUCCAUAUUUAUCUCUUGCAUCGGUUCUGUUAAAUGAAACUAUCGAUUGUGCAAUCUUUGGAAUUAAUUCAACUUUUAUUAAUUGUGCUUUGUCGUCGGUACCUAACCCUGGAUUAGCCAACCUAACAAUUACAGUUGAUUUUAUGGAAUAUCAUUCACCAAAUGUAUUAUAUUUCCCAACAACCUCUAAAAACUCAUCGUCUACACCCGAUCAGCAAUGUCCAAACAAUUGUUUCAAUAGAGGUAAAUGCGCAAAUGGAAUAUGUAUUUGUGAUGAUCCAUUAUACAACCCUGAUGAUAAUUGUUUAACAAAAUAUACAAAUACAACACCAAUUAUUGAUCCAACCAAACCAACAACAUCAUUUGAUAUUGAUGGUGUUGAUUUUCAAUUUGAAAUGGUUUCAAUUCAAGAGUUGGAUGUUGAUGACACAAUAAUCAAUGAAUUAAUUACAAAUAAUUGGAAUUCAACUAUUAAUAGUAAUGAUAAUAAUAAUAAUACCGAUAUAUCAUCAUUUUAUCAAUUAAAUACAACCAAUAAUGAACAAUUCAGAACAAGUAAUAUUACAGCAUCGAUAUCAUUUUCAUCCAAGUCAAGAGUCGUUGAAUUUGGAACACAAUCACUCAACAUUCCACCAAGUUCAAUUAAAUUGACAGUAUCAAUCAACAAUUGGAAUUACAGUUCAUCACUGUCAACACUCAGAAUUGUAUUUAGAACGAUAUUGAAUAAUCAACAAUUUGCAACACUUGAUUGUGGUGAAACACAAGAGAUUGAUUCACUUCAAUUCGAUAGUCUAUCAUCAUCAUUGCAAUACCUGCGAGUUGUCAAAGAUAACGUUCAAUUCAAUGGUAGAUUUAUUGAUUAUGUAUUGUCAGAUGGUAGAGAGUCAUUCUCUCAAACAACAGUGAUCAAUCAAACAUCUAUCUCCACGAAUACAACAUCAACACUGAUUGGAGUAUCAAUGCCACAAUGUCGAUCAUGUCUCCUUGAUCCAGACUUUACACCAUUAAUCAUUGACAAAAGUACCAAUCUAUGUAACAGUGAAAAUGGAACAAGUGAUAGAUGGAGAAUCAUUGUUGGGUCCGUUGUUGGCGGAAUUGCAUUGGUUGCCCUUGCUGUUGGUGCCACUCUCAUGAUACUAAAGAAAAAAAAGAUGUCAAGAGAAUCUUUGGUGCUAGAUGAACAAGUUGAUGACGAUGCUGAAUCAGAGGAUCCAUGGGAUCACUAUGAUGAAGCAGAUCAAAUGUAUAGUGUCAAAUACAAUGAAUUGAUGACAAGACCAAUUCAUGUGAUUGCUCAACACGGGUCAAUCGAGUUGGUCAAGCAAUCACUAUCAUUGUAUGCAUCCUACCACAAGUACCUUGUUGACCAAAUGUCAUAUUUUAAUCAUUCAAAGAGAUUUGAUUGUAGACAAGAUAAAAAGAUUGCACCACAAACACCACUUGAUGCAGCUGCAUACUAUAAUCAUUUUGACCUCUUGGUUUACCUUGAUGGUCGUUUGGUGGUAGACCAGGAGGAUUCUAAUUGGGUGCAAACGGUUUGCACAACCGAUGCAAUUCGAUUUGCAGCUAGAAACAAUAACAUCAAGAUGGUUAAAUGGUUGUUGGAGAAUAGAAAUGAGGGAUUUGAUGAAACUGCACUCAAAGAAGCUGCUGCCAACAACCAUUUGGAAAUGAUCAAAUUAUUGUUUGACGCUCAACCACAUGUACUCCUCUCUGAUAUCGACAAUACAGAGCCGAUCAGCAUGGCAUUAAGAGGAGGUCACUUGGAACUGGUUCAGUGGUUUCUCGAUACAGUUCCUUACAAAAUGACACCCUAUAUCUUUAUGGAGGCUGUCGAGAGUGGUAGCAUAGAGAUGGUUCGGUUAGUUUUGUAUAGGAAUCAGUCGGUUUCACAGAUGGGACAAAAUUUGAUUGGAAGAUUGAUCGAGUUGGCCAUCUCAAAUGGAUCGGUUGAGAUUGGUAGAUUGUUGCUUGGGUAUUACAAUAUUGCUGUCGAUGUAGAGGUGUAUCAAAGAGAGAUAGACAUGCACGAAAUAAAGACAUCACUUGUCAACGGAGACUUGGACAAAUUCAAAGAGUUGGUUGUCAAGAUGCAGGCAUUUGACUGGGACUCUUCUCUACUCCGAUUUUUGGGUGAUAGUGGUAACGUCGCAUUGCUCUCUUAUGCCCACCAACACAGCCAACUGACACUUGACUGUUCAUACGCACCUCACAAGAAACUACUUGUACAUCGUAUUGUUCAAAAUCAUUACCAACAACAACAACAAGACAUCAAAUCAUCUCGUGGAUACAUAGAUUGUCUAGAAUAUCUUAUUAGUAAUUCAUUUAUAACGAUAAACAAUGCAGUGGAGGCUUUACGAUAUUGGAAUGGAGAUCCAUACAUUUUAGAAAGAAUCCCAUUGAUUCAUGAUCAUCUUGCCAAGAAUAUGCUCAAGGUCGAUUGGUUGGUCACACAAAAGUUGGAGAGUAUCGGAUACAACAAUGGAAGUGUAGAAUUGAUGCAAUAUCAUUUGAAACAUUACAAGAAUAUAAAUCAUUCAAUUGGUCACCACCACAUCAUCUACAACAAUCUAGAGGUCAUUCAAUUUAUGAACCAAACAAACACCAAACUACUACCGGAUAUUAGUUAUCGCAACCUUUUACGAAUAUGUCAGAAUACAAAAACACUAAAAUAUAUAUUCACCAAUAAUAUUAUCAAUCAUCAUUGUAACAAUCAAUCACAAUUUACUCAAUCUGAUUUAUUUGUAACAAAAAAUCAAAAGAUUAUUAAAAUUCAAAAUUGGCUAAACAACUGUAAUAAUAAUAAUAAUAAUAAUAAUAAUCAGACAGAUGAGGAUAUUACAAUUAAUGAUUCUAUUUGUAAUAGUUUUAAUCAUGCAAUGAUUGCAAAUAAUUUUAAUAGUGUUUCUUAUCUAAUCGAUCAUACUACUCGGCCAAUCAUUUUGUAUGCGAUCAUGACCAUUUCCGGUCUGCGUGGGAGCCCGAUCAUUUCGCAACUCACCUACUUUGCCUCAUCUCCGCACGCCAGCUUGGAUACUGUCAUAGAAUCUCAGCUAGCUGGUAUCUAA